AUUAAUUAUUAUUUACUAAUAUAUAUUUUAUUUUAAUUAUUUCUCAUAUGAAAAAUAAAUUCUGAAAUAUGUAAAGUCAGUCUAGUAUUUGACAUAUGGCAAACCACUAUGAAGUGCCCAGCUGGGCUGGAAAACCUCCGGUAGGCUUGCAUUUGGACGUCCUGAAAGGCGACAAGCUGAUACAAAAGUUGAUGAUAGACGAGAAGAAAUGUUACUUAUUUGGGAGAAACUCGCAGAUGAACGAUUUUUGUAUAGAUCAUGCCUCCUGUUCCAGAGUCCACUCAGCAUUUGUAUGGCAUAAACACUUAAACAGGGCAUUUUUGGUGGACUUAGGAAGCACUCACGGAACUUAUAUUGGAACAUUACGCUUGGAAGCAUACAAACCCACACAGCUACCGAUCGAUUCUGGUUUCCACUUUGGGGCAUCUACUCGAAAUUACAUAAUAAGAGAAAGACCGCAGUCAGGAAUCAGGCCGAUUAUUGAUGAAAUUGAAAAAGCUGGGGAAGAAUCAGAAGGAGGUUUGCUUGGAUUACCAGAAACAGAGACGGAAUUAGAUAAUCUGACCGAAUUCAAUACAGCUCAUAACAGACGAAUAUCAAUGCUGGGUAUCAGUGACGAUGCAGACAAACGGACAACCAGCAGGAAACGUAAGCGACAAUAUGUUUCAUUUAACGAAGACGAGGAAGUUAUCAACCCAGAAGAUAUCGAUCCCAGCAUAGGUAGGUUCAGAAAUCUCGUGCAGACCACAAUAGUGCCAACUUCCAAGCGAGCCAAAAUAGCAGAUGCCAUGGGCAUACCGACUACAGAGUUUCGAAUACCGAAAGCCUUGCACCAUCCGCACGUGUCGACUCCGGACUUGUACAAUGACUUGCCUCCAGAGUCUCACGGGUCAGGAACGAGUAAUAUGGGCCUGUACAGCUCGCUGAGUUCGAGGCUGGGUAUGGCGUUACCUAACCCGGCUCCUGAAGUUGAUAUAGGCCAGACCUUCACCAGUCCAACUCCCUUUGUUCCCCAACAGGUUUCUACGCAAGAUUCCUUGGAACCGAAGAAGAAAAAGUACGCCAAAGAGGCCUGGCCCGGGAAAAAGCCCAUUCAAACGCUAUUGGUUUAAUAAUCAAAAUGAGUGUGUAAGGUCGAAUCAAGUUUUUGUUGAGUUUGAUUUUGUACAUUUAGGUACUUUUUGCCUUGUGGUUCAUUGAGGGUACAACAGAUGUUUUUCAAAAUGUCGGAAAAGUGUUUCCCAAAUUUCACCUUGAUCUUCUGUCAGUUCUGAGCAAUUGAUUUAUUAGUUUUCUUUUUUGGUGGCUUGAAGUAGUCCUUUCUCAAAUUGAUUCAUGUAGAAUUCUGCCUUGGCCAUUUUUAUAGACUUUUUAACGUCUUUAUUGCUCUCAUUAUAUUUCAAA